CAUCGCGCCUCGCGUAAUCAGACUGCCCAGGUGGUUUGCGCUCACUGCUUCAUCACUUCUCUACUCUACAUAUAACGUUCGCUUGGUAGAACGAGACGGUUAGCGGUUCAUCAACGCAGAUCUGAGCUAUUGAACUUAUUGUGUUGGCGCGAAGAGUAUCAUAAUAAGUAUUACUUGGCCAAGCUUUGCGCUGUGUUUACAAGAUGCCUCCUGCUCUUUCGGACGAUGAGAUGGAGGAAGUCGAUGAUGUUGAUGUUCCAGACUCUAUUCCUGCGCGCAUCCCGCAAAAGAGCGCAUCAAAACCUGCGACUGACCCUGCGGACAACGAUGACAACGAUGAUGAGAAAGAGGAGGAAGAAGAUGACGACGACGACGACGACGGCGAUGAGGAUGAAUAUCAAGUCGAAAAGAUCCUCACACAUCAAUACGACCAGGCGGGAAAUGUGCUCUAUCAGAUUAAGUGGUUGGGAUAUGAAGCCGAGUCAGAUUUGACCUGGGAGCCUAUCGACAAUCUUUCUGGAGCCAAGGCCGUCCUAGAAGCAUAUCAUACAAGUAUUGGAGGCCGUCCGUCCCCGAAGAAGAAAACCCCGGCUAAAAAGGCCGGCGUCAAGGAGAAGAGCACAGGUCGGGGCGGUAAGCGCGCAACUGAUGUCUCGGAGGAUUCGCCGGCUCCCACCAAGAAGCAGCGCGCGACCAAAGCCAGCGAUGAAGGGCCAGGCUUGCCCCUAGGCUCGUGGGAGGACUAUGCUAAAGUGAACGCUGUUGUUCAGCGUGAGGACAAGUCGAAGAAGCCAGACACUGUCACCUCAUCAUUGACAGGGCUACUUGAAUGGCACUCCACCGGCAGGAAGACCGAGCACGCCAUGGAGGUUUUGCGUCAAAAGUGCCCUCAACUUCUGCUUGAUUACUACGAGAGCCAUCUCCAGGCUGUUUAAACCAAAAUGAAACAAAAUUUGAGGUCUUGAGGUCUUCAGACAACACGCAUACAAUCGGCCAUGGCCCCUUGAGCGAGUCCAAUCGGCUGCAG